AUCAUUUUAGUUGUUAAGUUGCUUUUCUGGUUCUUGUUUGCUUCCGAGGAAUAAACGGUAUUAAAUUCGCCUCGAGCUGAGUCUAAAACAGUUUUAAGCAUGAUGAGAUUAGGUCUUCCUGCGCUGAAUUUUGAGCUCUGAAGUGAGACCAAAUCAGUUUUUAGUGAAGCACGUAGGUUUUGGCGCCAUUUUGCUACAAAGGAUUGAUUGGGAGCAUGUCGUGAGGGAUUCAUGUUAAGGCAGUGCAGUAGAGGCUUAGGAAACUUCUGCAGGAUUUUCAUAGGUUCACUGUGAAGAAGAGAAGCAAGGUCUAGUAACUAGCUUUGGGUUGUUGCCAACUAUAGGAUGUAUUGUAACGUGAUGUGGCUUCUAGAAAUAUAGACAUGAUGCAGAAAAGGAUUUAGAUCUCUAGUUCUGAGCUCAACCACCUUCAGCAUUCGGUCGUUUUGAAACAAGUAUGGAGGGCACCUAAUGAGAGGGACUAACACAUAGUAACUGCUACAAAGGGGAGACCACUGUUGCCUUUGGAAAAUCAUCAGUCGCGUCUGUUCCUCCUGCAAAAAAAGUUAUGAGCUUCACGUCAACUCAACUUGUCACCUCAAGAAGGAUGGGCAUAUACGAUCCAUUCCAACAAAUUAGCAUGUGGGAAGACACAUUCAAAGGUGAUAGUAGCCCAAAUAAAGGUGUUUCCACAAUUUUACAGGUGGAUGCUAGGCUGGACAACAAGUCUGAAUUUAUUUCUCAUGAAUCGGGGGGACCCUCCAGCACUGAUCAAGAAGAAAACAAACCUACUGAUAAGGUACAGAGACGCCUUGCACAAAAUCGUGAAGCUGCUCGGAAAAGUCGUUUGCGGAAAAAGGCCUAUGUUCAACAGUUAGAAACAAGCCGUUUGAAGCUGGCACAACUGGAGCAGGAACUUCAGAGAGCUAGGAAGCAGGGUGUGUACACAGGCAGUGCGCUAGAUACUAGCCAUGUAGGAUUUUCUGGAAAUGUAAACUCAGGCAUUGCUACAUUUGAGAUGGAAUAUGCACACUGGGUUGAAGAGCAACAAAAACAAACUUUUGAACUUAGAAGUGCAUUGCAAGCUCAUGUAUCUGAAAUAGAACUUAAUAUACUUGUGGAGCUUGGCUUGAACCAUUAUCACAAUCUUUUUCGCAUGAAAGCAGAUGCUGCAAAGGCUGAUGUCUUUUAUUUACUGUCCGGGGUGUGGAGAACAUCUACAGAACGUUUCUUCCUCUGGAUUGGAGGAUUUCGCCCGUCAGAGCUUCUAAAUGUCCUCCUGCCACAACUAGAGCCAUUGACUGAUCAACAAGUUCUGAGAGUAUGUAACCUCCGGCAGUCAUCUCAGCAAGCGGAAGAUGCCCUCUCACAAGGAAUGGAAAAACUCCAGCAGAGUCUGUCCCAGGGCAUAGGAGCUCAAUCAGUAAAUGCAGGAAAUUAUGGGUCUCAGAUGGCUGCCGCAAUGGAUAAGUUGGAAGCUCUUGAGGGAUUUGUGAUCCAGGCAGAUCACCUUCGGCAACAGACUCUGCAGCAAACAUCUCGCAUUCUAACAACCCACCAAGUAGCUCGUGGCUUGCUCGCCUUGGGGGAGUAUUUCCACCGUCUCCGUGCUCUCAGUUCGCUUUGGGCUGCUCGUCCUCGCGAACCUGCCUAGAAAGUACCUCUAGAAUCACCAUAUAUAUAUAUAUAUAUAUAUAGGUUGUAGUUGCAUCCCCCUCAGCUGGAAAGGGAAUGAAUACCGUACUUUUUGUUUUAAAACCGUUUCUCUAGUUUGAUAAGGUGUAAAUAUAUAUAUAUGUCAAGGUUAUGUUUAUUAAGAAAAUUUAGGAGAUGUAAUAUUCCCUACAAUGCCUGUUAUAGACUAUAUUGUCUGCAUUGUGAUAAUAGAUAAACUUGAAAUCAGUGCUUCUUGGGCAA